AUGAAGCGAUCGCGACAUUCGUCAUUUCUCAUCCGGGAUUUGCUAUCCCCAGGUGGACAGACAAGUCCCCUGAUCUCCCCCCGGGCUUCCAGAGGCGUGACGGUGCUUCCGACUAGAGGACCGUCCCCAUUCAGCCUUGCCCUCUCCCGACCAGCCUUCACACGACUGUUUACUCAGCACCCGUCCUAUUUCCACCUGGGCUACCCGUGCCCCUCCUGCCCACCCUGGGCACCCGGAUCCUGUUUAGGGUUCUUCCACAGCAAAUGCUGCCUGACAAAUAAAGGUGCCUCACCUGAUGGCAACCUCGGGGGUUCACCAGGUCACCCCCACGGGGAACCGCCCUUUCCCAUUCCCAUCCCAUUGCCGGUCUACGUGCGCACGCGCUCCACUGACUCCCCCGUCACAACCAGUUGUAAGAGCCGGAAAAGCCGGAGAAGCCGAACUGUGUUCACAGAGUUACAACUUAUGGGGCUGGAAAGGAGGUUUGACAAGCAGAAGUACCUGUCCACACCUGACCGGAUUGAGUUGGCGGAGAGCCUGGGUUUGAGCCAGAUACAGGUGAAAACCUGGUAUCAGAACAGACGUAUGAAGUGGAAGAAACAGGUGUUAUCGGCUGGGGGCACGGAACCACCCACAAAACCUAAAGGGAGACCCAAGAAGAAUUCUAUCCCUUCAGCAGAGGAACUACAAGCGGCAGAGGCGAAGGCUGGCCAAGCAAGACAGAAGAUUGGCCAAUCAUAUGAAAUUAUGGGUCAAGCAGAGGUCAAGGCUGGACAAGGAAAGGUGAAGGUUGGACAAUCAGAUGAGAUUCCAGAUCCAACAGAGGUCAAGGUUGGCCAGGGGAAGGUUGCAAAGGCAGGGCACACAGAUGUGAAGACGGAUCAAAUGGACAGUAACAUGACUUGUGAACAACCUGAAAUAGGUGCCAGUCUAUCCACGUGA